AUGGAAAAAAUAGAUAGUAACGAAACAAUGGUUAUAACAUUAAAAAAUAUAAAUAAAAAUAAAUGGAGUUCAUUAUCAAAAAAGAAAAUAGAUGAUAAAUCAUGCUAUUCUCCAAGAACUGAAAAAUUAAUUGAAAUUAUUUCACCAAUUUUAGAUUAUUAUGGUUAUAAUAAAGAAGAUGUUUACAACUUUAUUAGUUUAUACAAAUUUGAUAUUGAAAAAAUUCAAUUAGAAUUAUGUAAUAUAAUGGAAUCUAAAGAAGGAAAAGAAGAAGGAUUGUGGAAAUUGGUGAAAAGCAAAAAAAGUAAGAAGCCUACUGAAAAAAAUAGUAAAAAAAAUAUUUUAGGAAAAAAAAACAAUAAGAAAAUAGAGAAAUUAUUUUCAAAAGAAUUUAAUUCAAAAGAAAAAGAUCUAAGAAAAAAUAAAAGUUCAUUAAAUGCUGAUGCAACAGGUCAAAAAAAGACUUUUCCUAAUAAUAACAAAAAUAGUUAUUUUUCGAAUAUAAAUAAAAAGAAUGAAAAUACUUCUAUGAUACAUGAAAUUAAUAAAAAUAUACAUGAAGAAAAAGGCGUAAAAGAAAAGAAAAAGAUAGAAGUUUCAAGCAAACAUCAGAAUAUAGAAAAUAAAAAAUUAGGAAUAGAAAAUGAAGACAUAAAAAAUAAAAAAGGUAAAAAAAAGAAAGGAAUAAAAACAGAAGAAAAAAAAAAUAGUGUAAAUGAAAGUUAUGAUGAUUUUUUGAAUUGUUCUCUGGAAGAAAAAGAAAAUAAAAAGAAACAAAAUUUGUCUAAAGAAUCAGAUAAUAUAAAUGAUGAAAAUUUUCUUAAAAAUAAAGAUGAAUUGUUAAACAAAAAAGGUAAUAAAAAUAAUCAUUUUAAUUAUUUUGACAAAAAAAAUCUUAAAUUAGAAGAUAAUAAAAAAGGAUACAAGUCAAAUGAAGAGCAUUUUAGUAAAAAGGAUUUUAAAAGUAAAAAUCCUCUCACUACAAAUAUAGCAAGUGGACACGGUAACAAUUUUCCAAGAUAUAAUAAUUUUAAUCAUCAUGAUAAAUAUUUUAAAAAUUAUAAUAGAUAUAAUAAGCCAUUAAAUGAUAGCUUAGUUUCAAGAAAUGUAAAGCAAAGAUAUUCUAUCUUAAAUAAUAAAUUAAAUUUAUAUAAUUCUGGAAAUAAUUACUUCAAUAAUUAUACUAAAGGAAAUCAAAAGAAAAGAUAUCUGAGCAAAAAAAAUUUUAGAAAAAAGAGAACAUUCAGCAAAAAUAGUAUAGAUCUUGAAUAUAAUCCAUAUACCGGGCAAAAAUUAAACUAUGAUGUAACUAUCAACGAGAAAAAUGAUAAUAAUAAAAAAGAUGCGGAUACAAAACUAUUAAGUGAAAAAACGAAUUAUAAUGCAUCUUAUGCUUCUAUAGUAAAUAACACUAUUAAACAAUCUCCAAUAGAGGAAAAUAAAAAUAAUGAAAACCAAAAAAAUGUAUCAAGUACGUUAAAUAAUAUUCGUGAAGAAAAAAAUGAAAUAAAGGAAAAAAAAAAAUCAAAAUGCCAAUUAAUUCCUAUUAAAAAUACUAAACCAGAAAAAUUAUGGGUAUCUAUUAUAACAAAAGGAAGUAGUAUUUCUAAUGAAAAUGAGAAAAUAAAUAACUCAGUUAUAACAAAAAAAGAUGAAAAUGUAAAAGAAGGAUUAAAAAAAGAUCAAAAUAUUAAGGAAUAUAAUAAUGUGAAUAAAAAGGGAUUAAUCAGCAGUAAUAAAUCAGUGAAACAAAAAAAAAAAGAAGAUAUAUCAGGAAACUUGAGUAUAUCCGCUGAAAAUAAUAGCAGUAGUAAAUAUAAUGAGAAGUUAAAUAAAAACGAUUCAACAAAAGAAGAAAAAAAUACACCAGAUUGUAAAGGAAAUGAAAAUGAAGAAAUUAAUGUAUUAAGCUAUAGUAAAAUGGUUAAAAAAGGAAAUGAAGCCAUUAACAAAAAACUUAAAAUUAUAAACAAUGAUUCUAUCAACCCAAUACAUUCUAAUGAGGAUAAAAAAAAUAACAAAGGAAUGAUAGAAAGUAAAGAAGAUAUAGAAAUUAAAAAAGGAAAUGAAAAUAAAAUGAAAAUAGAAAAGGAUAAAAGUCAUAGUAACGAAAAUAACUCAGAGAAGAAAGAAUUAACUCCCAAUAAAAAAAUUACGGAAGAAAAAAAAAAAAGGAAAAAGAAAAAAAAUGAUCAGGAUAAAAAUAUUUUAAACAAUAAUACAUCUAUGAAAUCGAAAAGUCCCAUGUCUUUUGAUUCUAAAAGAGGUAAAAGUAAAAUGAAUAAAAUAUCGGAAAAUAUUGAAAAAGCUUUACCAGAGAAAACGAUAUCUGACGAUAAAUAUGGAAAAGAUAAAAACAAAAUACCAAUUUAUAUGCCAAAUAUAUCUUUAAUGGCAAAUAUAAACAAAAAGAUAUUUUUCGGAAAUAUAAAUAUAAGUGGAGAUCAUAUAGAAAACAUUGAUAUCGUACCAGAAAAUAAAAUAGAUGAUGUAAAAAAUAAUAGUAAUAACAAUAUUAGUAAUAAUAAUGAAGAAAAUAAUGACAAAAUUAUAUCAGAAAACAAAAAAAAAAGUAACUUAAAAAAAAAUUAUAGUGUAGAAUCCUUAGCAAUAAAUGAUAACAAUCAUCCAUCAUUACGUAAAGAUGACAAAAGGAAUUAUGAAAAUGGUAAUGAUAUGAGAGAACAAAAGGAUAAGGAAAUAAAACAAAUAGAUUUUAAAAAUAAUAAAAAAAGAGAAGACAAUAAUAACAAUGAUAUCCUAAAUGAUAACAAACAAAGAUCAAUAUUUUCAUCAUCCAGUAAAAAUUCUCAUAUAAAUACCAAAUCACAAAAUAUAUCUCUAUCCAAAACUGAAGCAUCCUCAUCUUCCAAUCAUCAACAGAUGCAAAAUUCGAUAAAUACUGGCCAAAAUGCAAAACAAUUAUUAAAUAACUCUUCAGUUGUAUUUAUUAACCAGUCAUCUUCACCUCAGGAUGCUACAUCAUCUGUUUUAAUUAAUGGAAAAAAUAAUAAAUAUGUUCAGAGCACGUUGAAAAAUAAAAAUUAUGAUCAAGAAGUAGAAGAUUCUAGUUCUUUACAACCGAAUCAAAUUUCUCAAAAAAUUUUACAGAGUCAACAAAAUUCCUUAAAUAAUAAUUUAUCAUCAAAUAAUAAUAAUAAUAACACAGUUACAAAUAUGAAUAAUAAAAAUACCAACACAGAUGUUAAUAACAUGAAUUUAAUUAACAUGAGUAUGAAUAAUCUUAAUAAUAAUAACAUAUACAGCUCAUAUAAUUCUCCUCCAGGAUUAGCUAAUCAAUUUAAUUACUCAUUUACUAAUUUAUCUUAUCCUUACAAUAAUUUGCAUUAUAAUGGGUAUACAACACAAGCAUUAGUUCCACAAUAUGGAUUAAUAAAUAAUCAUUAUAAUAAAAGUAAUAGUAUUCAUAACAACAAUUUCAAUUACAACAUAAAUUAUGACAAUUUUGAUGAGAACAAUUUAUACGCUCACAGUAAUAAUAUGCAUAUGAAUAGUUAUGUAAAUUUUAUGAAUGUUAAUGUAAAAAAAAAUCAGUUAAACACAGAUGAUGAUAAUUUAAGUAAUUCAGGGGAAGUGUCAAUAUCUGGAUCUCUUCAACCUUUAAAUCUGUCACAUGAAAAUCCAACAAAUUCAAAUCAAAAUUCAACAAAUAUGAAUUUAUGUGCAGAAAAUACAAAUAGCGGAAUAAAUAAUUUAUCUUUAAAUAAUCUAAACAAUAUUAACCCUAAUUUAAGUAUAUCAUGUGCAGAAAUAAAAAAUAAGCAACAAAUAAAUAAAAAUAUAAAUGAAUUACAAUUACAACCUCAAAUUCAAACAGUUAAGCAAACUCAACAUACUCAAAAUAAAAAUAAUAUAAACAAUCAACAUUCUAAUCAGCAUAAUCAAAAUAAGCAUUCAGGGCAUCAACAAAAUUUAAUGAAUGCUUCUAUUAAUCAAUAUUCACAAAACCAAGUACACCCAAAUAAUUCACAGAAUACAGCAUCAUCUACUUCUUCUUCAUUAACUGGAAAAGUAGAAACUAAUAAUUUAAACAAUGCAACACAAAAUAAUCAAAAUAAUUUUAUAAAUAAGCAGUUAUACCAUAAUAGCAAUUAUUAUAAUAUAAACUCUAAUAAUUUUAAUAUCCCUCCAGGAUUUGCUAUAUCUCAAGAUAAAGAACAAAGUAGUAAUUAUUUAAAUAACAAUGUAACAACAAAUAAUGCAAAUACAACAGUAGCAGCUUAUAGGAACAAUUGGAAUAAUAUUAAUGAGAAAAGCUUAAAUCAUUAUAGCAUAAAUUAUAAUUAUAAUAGAAACAACAAAAAUAAUUUUAGUUAUAGUAGUAAUUUGAAUUAUAGUAAUAGCAAUGGCUAUAAUGGAACGAGAGAUAAUACAAACACCUUUUUUAAUUAUAAUAAUUUUAGUUAUGCUCUGCAAACACCACCAGGUUUACAAAAUUAUUACCAAAGUACACAAUAUCAACAACAAAGCAAUUAUAACAAUAGAAAUUACAAUUAUUCAGGGUAUAAUAAUAAUUUAUCAAUGUGGAAUAGAGAAGAAUAG